UGUCCAAAUGUAUUAACCAUUCAAUCUAUUAAAAAAAAAUGGUUAAGUGAAAGUUAUAUUUUUAAAUACAAAAAUUUGAGAAAUGAAAAAUUAAUUUUUUUUUCAAAAUCUAAAUAUUCGAACCCGAUCCGAAUUAACGGAACCCGAACUAAAAAUACUUGAACCCGACCCAAAGUAGAGAAAUACCAGAACGGGUUCUAUACCUCUAUACCGAAAUACCCGAAAAUCCGGAAUACCUGACCCAAAUGCCCACCCUUACGAGUUCGGUUCGGAUCUUUUCGGGUUCGGAUUCUUUGGAUCCUGGAAAUUUGGACCUAUAUAGGUACAUAUAAUUUUCCGUACCGGUUUCGGAUCAAGUUUUGUUGGGUCUGGAUCGGUUCGGAUCUAUAAUUUUAAUAUCCGUAAAUUAUCUGUAACUUUUGGGUAUAUUUUAGAUCCAGAUCGGUUCAGGUAUUUAGGAUCUAAAAAAACAUAAAAUACCCAAACUGGACCCGAAACCCGAAAACUAUAAAAAUACCUGAAAACCCGCAAAAAUACCCAAAAAAUUAUCCUAAAUCAUAUCCAGAAACCCAAAAAAUACCUGAAUUUUACCCGAAUACCAAAACUAUAUUUUCUGAAAAUUUAAAAUUUUACCCUAAAUCUAAAAUUAUACCCAAAAACCCGACCCCAAAACUUUAAAAAAUACCUGAAAUAUCAAAAAUAUACUCAGUUACCCAAAUAUACCCAAUAUAUACAAUAAUUUACAGGUACUUCGGAUAUUCAUUUGGGUCCCGGAUAGGAUCCGAAUCCGAACCGAAAUCUGCGGGUCUAAAAAACCAACAAAUACUUUAGCAUGGACCCGGAUCCAAAUCUGUAUUUUUAGAUCAGUUUUGGUUCGGGUCUUCGGAACCGGGUAAAAUGUUGAGACAAGUGCAGUUCUCCUGCGCGUGCAGUUCUCCCGUAAUACAUUCACCAUUCACGUUUUUUUGUUUGCAAAAGCAGUUUAAGCGGGAGAUCUGCAUGCAUUUCAAUAUUUUUGUAUUUUUGUGGAAAAAAACGGGAGAUCUGCAUGCAAAUCUCACCCGCUAACAUUUGGUGGUGUUGAUGUACUUUUUUUUCUUUUUGAUAAUAAAUAAUUUUGUUACAAACACUUAACUUUAAAAUAUAUUUAUCUGAUUUUAUAAAUAAUGUACAAUGAUUAGCUCAGACUAUAUAGUUUACACUAAUACUCUUUAUGUUGUUUUAAAAUUAUAAACGUGACGUUCAAUCACUGUCAAAACACAACAUUUUCAAAGAAAGAAGAUAUAAAUCUUCCUACAUAAAUAUCAACAAGGGUAAGUAGUUAAUAUUUUUUUUAUGUUUUAAAAUAGUUAAUAUAUAGGUAAAUGAUUGAAAUUUUGUAAAUCUAUUGAGAGAAAACAAAUUUAAAUGAAAUCUUAACCGAGAACAUGUUUUUAUUGAGUUUUACGAUCAAAUAAUUUUCAUGACUAAUUACCGUUUCAAAUAUCUUACACCCACUGGUAGAGAGUUUACCGGUGGUAAAUUUAACCAAAAGUUCAAUAUUAGUGUAACCUACCGGUUCUCUCAAAAAAAAUCUUGAUCACCUAAAAAUAAAAUAAAAGAAGUAUAAGUAGCUUAUAAAAUAUUUACAGGCAUUUUGGUUGAUCCUAUAACAUCUAAGAUAUUUGUUUAGAUAUCUAGAUGUAAUUUUUAUUGUUUUAAUAUAUGAUCUAUAGUUUUAAACUGAUUUUGUCAUUCAUAAGUUAUAAUAAAUUAUUUGAUCGAUUUGAUAUGUUUCUCUCCUACAUGAUCCGCUUGAUCUGCACUUGUCUCGCUUGAUCUAUUGUUUGAUCUCCAUAAUCUGCUUGAUGUGCAUGAUAUUCAUUUACCAUUUGAAGCCUUAAAUGGAUUAGUUGAACGCGGACUGGACGUCUUAAAUAUCUAAUAGAAAAUAAGUAUUCAAUAAAUAUAGUGAAAAGAAACAAGCUCUACAUAUAAUAAAUAGAGUAGAGUUCUUAAAACCUUCGGAAGCUUCUGAACAUGGCGAAUAAACGUUUCUUCAAGCCUUUUCUUCUUGGCUUCUACACCUACUUGACAAUUCCUGUAGCCUUCUUCUUGAAGUAUAUAGAAGGAACAAAUGAGCACCAUACGGCGAAGCUGAGAUCAGACGCGUCAAUGAUAACCUGGCAAGUGAAAAUAGAAGAUGGCAAGAAACUCACUGAAGGUUGGAAAGAGUUCGCUCUUGCACACGAUCUCCGUAUCGGCGACAUUCUCAUUUUCAGACAAGAGAAAGACAUGGCUUUCCAUGUAACACUCUUGGGACCUAGUGACUGUGAGAUUCAGUAUGAGUCGUGUUCAGAAGAGGAGAACAACCUCGGGAAGAUUCCAAAGAAAAUGAAUUCAAAAAGAGAAGCAGAGUCUUCUUCUUCACUAGAUCCAUCUUGUUUUAAGACUAAUAUAUGGCCUUCGUCCCUACGUUAUGACACAUUGAACCUUCCAAAGAGUUUUGUGAGGGCGAAUGGUCUAGAGACAAGCUGUGGAGGAGAGAUUGUUCUGAUGAAUGAAAAGGGUAGACCAUGGACUUUGGUUUUAAAACAAAAGCUAAGUGGGACUACUUACAUCAGACGUGGGUGGAGACGUUUCUGUAUUGCCAAUAGGCUUAAAACUGGAGGCGUCUACACUUUCAAACUAAUCCAAAGUGGGAGAACUCCGGUUCUUCUUUUGUCCUCUAAAGAGUCAGAGUCAGAGUCAGAAGAAAGAAACUUCGAGAAGAUCCAGAGGAAGAAAGCAGAGUCUUCUUCACUAGACCCCUCUUGUUUUGUGGCUAAUAUCUCGCGUGCAACCCUACGUUAUGACACACUGGGUCUUCCAAUGAAAUUUUCAAGGGAAAAUGGUCUAGAGGCAAGAUGUGGAGAGAUUGUUCUAAUGAAUGAAAAGGGUAGAACAUGGAAGCUAAAUCUGAAAAGAAAGAGAUCAUGUGGAACUAUGUAUAUCACACAAGGGUGGAGAAGUUUCCGUAGUGCCAAUGGACUUAGAGCUGGAAGUUCUUCCACUUUCAAACUGAUCAAAAGAGGAGGAACUCUGGCUCUACGUUUGUCAUCUAAAGAGACUGAAGAAGAAGAAGAAGAUUGCUCAUUAAAAGCUAUUGAAGUGGAGUCUCUUUCCACAGAACCAGAAAGCGAUGAAGAGAGCAGCCAAGAUGACGAAAAAAUCAAGAAACAUAGAUCGACAUGGAAAGCUUCAUCUUCACAAUCCCAAAACCGAUUUGUGACACUAACGCUUAGACCUUUCAAUCUUGAAAAGUAUUCACUGUUUCUUCCUUUACGCUUCACCAGGUGGCACGGCAUCAAUGAGGAAACUAAAAUGAGACUGUUGGACAAAAAGGGUGUCAUGUGGUCUACGGAUCUGCGGGCUGGGAAAAUUAAUAAUGAUAAGAUAAGAUUGGUGGGAGGUUGGCAAGAAUUCUUCAAAGCUAACUGUGUGAAGACAGGUGAAUCGAUCAUGUUAAAGCUGAUAUGGGAAGGAGACAAGAGAUGUGUCCUCAAGUUCUGCUCUAAGGUGAAGCAUGAAACCAAAUGAAACUGUAUCUUUGUACUAUGUUUUAGCUUUUUUAAUUUCCUAUGACGAAUUAAAAUGAAUCAACGUUUGGCCUUUUUGAU